CCAGUGGAACCCGAAGCGCACCAAACCCUCAUAACGUACGUUUACAGCGAGUCCUAUGAAUCAAUGCAAAACCUGAUGUUCUUCCUCGAACACGGACUCCACGCCAAAGCCGACUUUGUGUUUAUAUUCAACGGAGAGACGAAUCAUACGCAGCUGAUUCCUAAUAAGCCGAAUAUCAAGAUCGUGCAGAGGGACAAUAGUUGUUAUGACCUGGGCGCACAUGGAGAGGUUCUCACGAAGGAUGAUCUGUGGUUGAAGUACAAGAAGUUCAUAAUGAUGAAUGCCAGUGUGCGGGGCCCGUUUAUUCCGCAUUGGGCGGAGGCGUGCUGGAGUGAUAGGUUGUUGAGUAAGAUUACUACGGAUGUAAAGCUAGUAGGAAUCUCCAUCAACUGCUGGCCAACCCCACACGUCCAAUCCAUGGUCUGGGCCACCGACCGCAUGGGCAUGUCCCUCCUGCUCCAACCCCCCAAAUCCAGCCCCCGCCACGACGGCUGGAUGGAAGUCCUCUUCGCGCACCCGGCGCAAUUCCCGCGCCCCGACGACUACAAGACCGCCGACCCAUCCUGGGUCGAAGUCGGGCUAAACAAAUGCUUCGCGAAUCGCCAACAAGCCGUCGAAGCCGAGGUCGCCGCGACGGGCAUCAUGUUCGGCGCCGCCAAGAAGGUGGAUGUCAUGUUGAUGAAGUUCCAGACGGAUCCGGAUUACAACGCGCAUUGUUCUAGGAUGGGGGCCUGGGAUCCGCAGGGCAAUGGGGCGUAUGAUGGGAUUAAUAUCCAUCCGUUCGAGACGAUGUUUAUUAAGACGAAUCGGGGGAUUGAUCCGCGGGCCCUGGCGUUGCAUACGGGCUGGAUGGAUCGGAGUAGUUUUACGAGUUAUGAUUAUUGUUAG